AUCAGUACUUAAUACAUAGUCCAAUACAAUUACAUACCGUACAAGUGUAUACCUACACACAAUUGCGUGAGCAGUUGGCUUCCACGCGCAACCUCCUCUCUCUAGCUCUUUUUCCCACUCCACCAGAGAUCAGCCUUGUCAAGAUGAGAAAACUAAUAACAAGCUUCAUCCUUGCUUACAUUGCCCUCUUCCUAUACUCAGCAAAUUUAAAACCUUCUUCAGUAGCUGCUGCAUUGUCAAUCGGGAACGAAACCGACAGACUUGCGUUGCUUGCCUUCAAGGACAGAAUAACCCAAGACCCACUCAAUCUCAUAACCUCAUGGAACGCCUCAACCCAUUUCUGCAAGUGGCAGGGUGUUUCAUGCAGCGUCCGACAUCCCGGCAGAGUCACCGUCCUAAAUUUAGCAGGCAUGAAGUUGACGGGAUCAUUACCUCAUCACUUGGGAAACCUCAGCUUUCUCAGACGGAUCAAUCUCCAAAACAACGGUUUUCAAGGCAUCAUUCCACAAGAGCUUGGUCGUUUGUCGAGGCUCAAGGAUCUCGAUCUCACAAGCAACGCAUUCCAAGGGGAGAUCCCAACCAACUUGUCCUACUGUUCUGAGAUUCAAGUCAUCCGCUUGGCCUACAACAAUCUAGUUGGCAAAAUUCCGGAGGAGCUGAGCUCUUUAUCAACAAACAAACUCAAGAGGUUUCAGGUAUCUGUUAAUGGACUCACCGGCAGCAUUCCACGUUGGUUAGGAAAUGCGUCUUCUCUGAUUUUCUUGUUCAUGUCAGUAAACUACUUCCAAGGAACCAUUCCAUCCGAACUAGGGAGACUACUGAAUUUGACAUACUUACAGAUCAGUGAAAACAAUCUAUCGGGGGUGGUUCCUCCUUCUAUCUACAACAUUUCAUCUCUCGGUCAUUUAGAUUUCACCUACAACCAAUUUGACGGGAAAAUCCCACAAGAUAUCGGCUUCACUCUUCCCAAUCUUCUCGGCCUCUAUCUUGGAGGAAACCAGUUCACCGGUCACCUGCCGAUUUCUUUAUCAAAUGCCUCUGGACUACAAGAAUCUAAUUUUGCUGAAAAUAAUUUUACAGGAACCAUGCUUACAAAUCUCGGAAGCUUAAAAGACCUAGUAAGGCUCACAGUUGCCGGAAAUCAACUAGAGAUAGAUAAGGCAGAAGGAUUCAGCUUUCUAACAUCUUUAACUAACUGCAGCAACCUACAAGCACUAAACAUAGCAACGAACAGGUUCCAAGGUGAAUUACCUGCUUCAAUCGCUAAUUUUUCAUCUGCUCUACAGCAGCUCAUCGUAGCAACAAACCCGAUAUCAGGGAGCAUACCAGAAGGAGUCACAAGUUUAAUCGGCCUCACAAGAUUGGUGAUUUCCCAAAGCUCCAUUACCGGAGAAAUUCCUGCGGGUAUAGGCACACUUCAAAGACUGGAGGAUCUUCAAAUGUAUAGUAACAGAAUUUCAGGGGCAAUUCCUGAAACAAUUGGAAACAUCACACAACUGUUGCAAUUAUAUUUGUUCGGAAAUAACUUGAGUGGAAACAUUCCUCCUAGCUUGGGAAAUUGCAAGCGACUUGAGGUACUACACCUGUUCGGCAACAACUUAACCGGUUUCAUACCAGAGGAAGUUGCUAGAGUUUCUACUACUGUUUCUUUCAAGUUGGCUCAGAAUUCUCUGACUGGACCCUUGCCCAUGGAGGUCGGUAACAUGAGCAAACUCAUCGUACUGGAUGUUUCGGAUAACAGAUUGUCCGGAGAAAUUCCAAGUACUCUUUCCAAGUGUAUAAUGUUGGAGUCCCUUAGUUUGGGGGAUAACUUCUUGGAAGGGAGAAUUCCUCCAUCUUUGAGCACUCUAAAGAGCCUUCAUUUCCUCAAUCUUUCCAGAAACAAAUUGUCAAGUCAAAUUCCAGGCUACUUGCAGAAUUUCACUCUUCUACAAUAUCUAAAUUUGUCUUACAAUAACCUCGACGGUGAGGUGCCACAAGGAGGGGUUUUCAGAAACAUAAGCGCGUUUUCAAUUGUUGGGAACAGAAAACUCUGCGGAGGCAUAAAGAGUCUAGGACUUUCUUCUUGUCAAGUACUUGUAAAACAGAAAAGAGGAACAUCUCUUGCUGUCAAAAUAACAAUUCCAGUAGCUAUUUCAUGUCUAGUUCUGCUGGCAUUUUUGUUAGUCUGUUUAAGCAGGAAGAAGGGAUCUGAGAGCAGCCCUUCGAUCAUGUUGCCAACAGAUGAGCAGUUUAGACAGGUUUCUUAUUUAGAGCUUGUCCAAGCAACUAACCAGUUCUCUUCAUCUAACUUGAUUGGUGAAGGACAUUACGGUUUUGUCUAUAGAGGUGUUUUGGGUAAUGAAGGAAUGGCUGUGGCGGUGAAGGUGCUCAAGCUUACGGAGAAAGGAGCUGCCAAGAGUUUUAUGGCUGAAUGCAAUGCACUGAGAAAUAUUCGACACCGGAACCUCAUCAAGAUAAUUACCACUUGUUCAAGUAUCGAUUCCAAAGGGAACGAUUUCAAGGCGCUAAUUUUCGAGUUCAUGCCAAAUGGAAGCCUUGACGAGUGGCUGCACCAAAGUGAAGGUGAUCAAAAUGAACACCCAAGAAGUUUAAGUCUGACUCAGAGACUAAGCAUAGCAAUUGAUAUGGCAUCUGCGCUAGAGUAUCUUCACCAUCACUGCCAAGCAGCGAUUAUUCACGGUGAUCUGAAGCCAAGUAAUAUUCUGCUUGGUCAUGACAUGACCGCUCGUGUGGGUGAUUUUGGAUUAGCGAGCUUUUUAUCAGAUGGCCUCCUACCCACUGUUUCUCAAACUGAAAGAAGUUCAACGGGGAUAAGAGGAACCAUUGGCUACGUUGCUCCUGAGUAUGGCAUGGGAAGUAAGGGAUCGAUUCGGGGAGAUGUCUAUAGCUUCGGAAUUCUCUUACUGGAGAUGUUUACAGGAAGAAAACCUACAAAUACGACAUUUGAGGAUGGUCAGAACAUACAUCAGUAUACUAAAGCUGCAUUGCCCGAUAGAGUGAUGGAGAUUGCUGAACCUUCUCUGUUUUCAGAAGUUAGCGGUGAAGACGAUGACAACAAAACGAGGGAAGGAAAAAUCAAGGAUUGCUUGGUUGCAGUGUUGAAAAUUGGAGUUUCUUGCUCAAUGGAAGCACCAGGGGAACGAAUGGACAUGAGAGAUGUGGUAGCAGAAUUGUGUAGAAUUAGGACCAAAACUUUUUGCCAUUAGGAAAUUGAUUGUGAUGAAAGAGAAAAGAAGGUAACAAGGAAAAUGAUUUUCUCCCUCUUGUUCUGAUGCCGGUCAAAGUCCUUGAAGCCAUUGAGUCGAUCGAUGAGUCUAUGUAAGUUUCUAAGUGUUUCAACUUUUCAAGAGUCUUCCUAGUUUUUUCAAAGUCAAUUGUCUUUAUUUUUCAUUAAGUUGUAAUCUUGAAAAUCUAAGUUUAUUUUCCCUAUGUUGGAGGGAUGUUCCAACAAGUCCUAUAUAUAUCAUUUGCUAUGAAUGAAAUAUGUAGUUUUGAGUGUGUUUUG